AUGGCGGAGGUGCCUGCUGAUAAUGUUCUGCCAGAGCCUGCAAGGAAGAUCUCACCAUUGGCUCCUGAUAUAGCCACCAGGCCUCCACUGGGCAGGAUGCAGCCCCCGGCCCAAGGAACACCGGCAGCAGAGGGCGUGGGCCAAGGCCCAGGCAGGAAGGAUGAUUCCCCGGUCAAGGUCUCUCCAUUGAUCAAGUUUGCCAGGUAUUCAGGACUGCUACUUGGAAAGAAAAAAUAUGGAAAGAAAAGAUAUUAUAACUUGAAACCUAUUGCUGCGGAAGAAAGGAGAAUAGAAGAGGAAGAGAAGCGUGAAGAAAUGGAACACACUGCAAAAGCACUGGCAAAAGCUAGCAAAGAUGCAAUACUGAAAUAA